UGGCUCCAUUUUAUAGAUGAGGAAACCGGCAGAGGCAGAUAAGUAUUUGCCCCUCCCAGUAAGUGGUAGAGCCUCAUAGCCUAAUCCCAUGCUACAUGCUGCCCCCCUCUGCAGUCUAGACAGCUCCCUCAGACUUACUAUAGCUUUAAAAGAUAUGUGAAUAUCAAAGAACAUAAGCAAACUUCACCUUUGCUUUAUAUGUGACAGACAAUGCACUAUUUUGUUUAAUUCCUUAUACAAUCAUUUCAAUAGCUAUGAUUUGGUUGGUGAUAGUUUAUCAUUUACAAAUACUCUGAGCCAAAGUUUUCCAGCUUCCCAGCAUAUCUCAAACUUCUUUCAUAUUUUAUAAAGUCCUUCAAUAUUGUCAGUGCUGAGGAAUUUAAGUCACAUUAAAAUGUAUUUAUUAUCUACUUAGUGUACUGUUGGAAAUGUCAGCGGUGACUGUUCUUUGUUUUCACAGAGGUGGACCAGGACCACCCUUAUUUGCACUUUCUGAAAGCGUUUGAAGGCAAAAAUUAAGGUGUUGCUGGGAACAAUGGAAGGUCACAAGGCAGAAGAAAAGGUGUUAGAUAUUCUUCGACUGAAUGUGGGCGGCUGUAUUUACACAGCCAGACGUGAGUCCUUGUGCCGCUUUAAAGACUCGAUGCUGGCAUCCAUGUUCAGUGGUCGUUUUCCUCUAAAAACAGAUGAAUCGGGGGCUUGUGUUAUUGACCGUGAUGGACAUCUGUUUAAAUACCUUUUGGAUUAUCUUCAUGGAGAAGUUCACGUUCCCACAGAUGAGCAAACCCGUGGUGCUCUGCAGGAAGAGGCUGAUUACUUUGGCAUCCCUUACCCAUAUAGCCUGUCUGACCACUUGGCCAAUGAAAUGGAGACAUAUUCUUUAAGGUCAAAUAUAGAACUUAAAAAGGCUAUAACAGACUUCUGUGAUUCAUAUGGUUUAGUUUGCAAUAAGCCAACAGUUUGGGUUCUUCACUAUCUUAACACAUCUGGUGCAAGCUGUGAGAGUAGAAUUAUUGGUGUAUAUUCCACAAAAACUGAUGGAACAGAUGCUAUUGAUAAGCAGCUGGGAGGAAGAAUUCACAGUAAAAGCAUUUUUAAAAGAGAGGCGGGAAAUAAUGUUCAGUACAUUUGGAGCUAUUAUUCAGUAGCUGAACUGAAGAAAAUGAUGGAUGCCUUUGAUGCCUGGGAAGGAAAAGGUAUAGUACAAUUCUUUUAUUUCAUGGCAGAAGGUAGACUUUUCCUUAAUAAAACAAAGCGAGGUGCUACGCUGACCAUGACAUGCUUCUGUAUUCACAGGCGACUGAUGGCGUUCAAUGAAGAGGAAAACGAAGGUGUGAACUGUAAGACUGGUCCCAAGCCAGUCAGAUUCCUGGGCCCUUCCACCAGCACCCAAAUUAAAGUCAAGAACUCGGCGUCGCUCAGGGUGUCCCCGGCCAGCGCCCUCCAGUCUGCGGGCGGAAAGGCAGCGCUGCGCUCGGCGCCGCCGAAGCCUCCGUCCCCCGCGGGCACUGCGCUGCCGGGGCAGCCCCAGGCUCCUCGUGGGGCCGGGAGCGCUGAAAACGGAGCCGCGCACCCACCCCCCGCCAAGGUCCUGCUCUCCGACAAGAAGGCCACCCCGCCCCGAGUGAUAAAACUGAAGCGGACUCCACUGUGCGCCGCCGGGGCGUCCCCGCCUGCCGCAGCCGCAACCGCAGCCAGGCCCGCGGGGCCCCCGGCGGCGGCCCCGGAAGCCCCCGGCGCGCACGCGCGGACUGAAAACGGGCGGGGCCAGGCUGAUUGA